GAGUGCCAGCCUUGGGUACAAGAGAGGCCAGAGAACUGCCAGGCACUGCCCCUGUGCCAGAGCACUGCAGGGAGAUGCACCAGCCCGACGACGACAGCAGCAGCGACAUGACCAGUGACGAUGAGAUGAGCCCCAACAGAGGAGCCCCACCACCUAGACCAGGCCGCUCGUCCAGCAGUGACCGGGAGCGGGAAUGGGACCGGAGGGGCCGGAGCCGAGACACGGAGCUUCGAGACCGCUGGUUGUACACCAGGAGCCCUAGAAGCAGGCUGCCUCAGCGGGAUCUUUCCCUUCCUGUGAUGACGAAAAGAAGAUUUGGAAUUGAAAGAGAUGACAGGGACUCGAUGGAUUAUGAGUCCCGCUCCCAGGAUGCGGAAUCAUACCAGAAUGUCGUGAACCUCAACCAGGACAGGAAACCUCAGAACCCAGUCCAGGACAACAUGGAGAACUACAGGAAGUUGCUCUCUCUGGGGGUACAACUUGCUGAAGAUGACCGCCAUUCCCACAUGACCCAAGGCCACUCAUCAAGGUCCAGGAGAAGUGUCUACCCAAGCACCAGCCGAGGUCUGAAAACCAUGCCUGAAGCCAAGAAGCCCUCUCACCGGCGCGGAAUUUGUGAGGACGAAUCUUGCCAUGGAGUGAUAAUGGAGAAGUUCAUCAAGGAUGUGUCACGUGGCCCCAGAUCAGGAAGAGCAAGGGAGCCGGAGGAUCGGCCACAGAGGCUCCCCAGAAUGCCAGAUGAUACCUGGAAGGACGCUGCCUUCAGCAGGAGGGAGUCAGUGAUCCAGGAGAGGGGUUCUGAAGGGAGUGCCUUCAGGGGGGGCUUCAGGUUCAACUCAAGCCUUGUUUCCAGAAAGAGAGUUCUGGAAAGAAAAAGGCGCUAUCAUUUUGACACAGUCCAUGAUCAUAAUGGCUGUGCCAGAAAGAAGCCCUUUGACUGUGGCAGUGAGAUGAGAAAGGCCAUGAGCAUGAGUAGCCUAAGUGGCCUCGGCUCCUCCUCCUAUUCCGAGUCACAGUCAGUGGACUUUGGGUCCAUGGCGUAUGUGUGUGAUGAGUGUGGGCGGUCAUUCAGUGUCAUCUCAGAGUUUGUCGAGCACCAGAUCAUGCACACCAGAGAGAACCUCUAUGAGUAUGGGGAGUCCUUCAUUCACAGUGUGGCAGUCAGUGAGGUUCAGAAAGGUCAGGUUGGAGGGAAACGCUUCGAGUGUAAGGAGUGUGGGGAAACCUUCAAUAAGAGUGCUGCGCUGGCUGAGCAUCGGAAGAUCCAUGCUAGAGAGUGCCGUGCAGAGCGCAGGGAGCAGGAGCACGAGGAGACCGUCAUGCCUAGCCCAACCUUCAGUGAGCUUCAGAAGAUAUAUGGCAAAGACAAAUUCUAUGAGUGCAGGGUUUGUAAGGAAACCUUCCUUCAUAGUUCCGCCCUGAUUGAGCACCAGAAGAUCCACAACAGAGGGAAGUUUGGAGAAGACAGAGAUAAUGAGCGUGAGCCUGAGCGUGAACAUCGGGAAACUUUCAUGCCCAACGCAGCCCUGAAGGAAUUUCAGAAAAUGUAUGAUAAGGAGAGGAUCUAUGAGUGUAAGGUUUGUGGGGAGACCUUCCUUCAUAGCUCAUCCCUGAAGGAACAUCAGAAAGUCCACACCAGAGGAAACCCAUUUGAAAACAGAAGCAAAGUGUGUGAGGAAACCUUUAUUCCUGGUCAGUCCCUUAAAAGGCGUCAGAAGACUUACACCAAGGAGAAGCUCUUUGCCUUCACAGAUGGCAGGGAUGCCUUCAUGCAAAGCUCCGAUCUCAGCGAGCGUCAGAAAAUCCAUGCUCGGAAGAACUUCUUUGAAAGCAGGGCAUACGAGAAAUCUGUCAUUCACAGCACGCCCUUCACCGAGUCUCAGAAGAGUCACACUAUAACAAGACCCCCUGAAGAUGAGGAGGAUGAGAAGGCGUUCACCAUCAGCAGCAACCCUGAUGAAGACCAGCGGGUGUCCACCACAGGGCGAUUCUACAAGAGUUCUGUGAUCCACAGCUUUACCCCUGCUGAGACUCUGAGAAGUCACAGUGUAGCAGGGCCCAGUCAACUAAAAGCAGUCGCAGAGUCCACCAUUCAGAGCUCAGCUGCCGCUAGGAGCGCCUGUGAAGGGAAGGAGCACAAGAGGUCUGUCAUCCAUAGCCUGGCUGCUCCCAGACCCCUGAAACGUCACAGUGGAAAUGGGCAAAAUGAAUGUGAUGAGAAGGGAGAAUCCUCCAUUUAUAUCUCAGAUCUUAAUAAUAAGCGACGGAAGAUUGCUGCCAGAGAGAACCCUUCUGAAGCGGGUAAGAAUAACAACUAUAAGGAUUCUGUUAUGCCGAGUGUAUCUCAUGCUGAACCUCAAAGAAGUCUCGCUGGAGAGGGAUCCAGUGAAUUCAAGCAAGAUGCCAAAUUUUCUCUUCCCAGCUCAAAUGUCCGUGAACACCAGAAGGCGCGUGCUAAAAAGAAGUACAUCGAACACAGGGGCAACGAGACCUCUGUAAUCCAUUCCCUACAUUUUGGUGAACUGCAAACAGUUCGCCCUAGAGAGAAGCUGUAUGAAUGUCAGGAAUGUGGGGAGUGCUUUGCUCGUAGCUCUGACCUCACUGAGCACCAGAAGAUUCACAAUAGAGAGAAGCCCUCUGGAAGUAGAAUUUAUGAGCGAUCUGUCAUUCGCAGCUUGGCCCCUACUGACCCUCAGACGAGUUAUGCCCAAGAGCGCUAUGCUGAAGAGCAAGCACGCUACAAACGUAGAGAGUCAGGGCAGAGCUCUGCUUUCAGCAGCUUCUUCCGUGCACGUCAGAACAUCUACACCCAAGAAAAGUCCUCUGGCAAGGAGCCCCAUGGUGAGGAGCCGCAUGGUGUAGAAGCCCAUGGUGAGGAGACCCACCAUCAGGAGAUGGUUGAAGACACUGUCAUUCAGGGGUCAGAUCUGGAGGAGCCCCAGAAGGAUGACCCAAAUGACACAAUCUAUGAAUGUCAGGACUGUGGGCUGGGAUUUGCGGAUCUCACAGAUCUCACAGGUCAUCAGGAUGUCCACAUCAGAAAGAGUGUUGACAGUAGCAAAGACACAGAGUCUCAAGUUCACGUCCAUUCCAUCAAUGAGUUUUCGAAGGAGUUCACUGGUGAGCAGCUCUUUGAAUGCCCAAAAUGUGGGGAAUCUUUUAUUCAUAGCUCCUUCCUUUUUGAGCAUCAGAGAGUCCAUGAGCAAGACCAGCUGUACUCCAUGAAGGGAUGUGAUGAUGGUUUUAUUUCCCUCUUGCCUGUGAAGCCACGGAGGAAUCGUGCUGCGGAGAGGAAUCCUGCUCUUGCUGGGUCGGCCAUUCGAUGCCUUCAGUGUGGACAGGGCUUCAUUCAUAGCUCUGCUCUCAAUGAGCACAUGAGACACCACAGGGAGGAUGAAUUACUGGAGCAGAGCGAGAUGGCUGAGGAAGUCCUCAUUCAUGGCUUCGCCCUCACCGAGUUCCAGGGAAGUGAGACCGAGGAGAAGCUCUUUGAAUGCACAAUAUGUGGAGAGUGCUUCUUCACUGCAAAAGAACUUGGCGAUCACCACACCAAGGUCCACAAGGAUGAGCCCUAUGAAUAUGGGCCCUCCUACACUCACACUUCAUUCCUUGCAGAGCCCUUCAGGAAACCAAUGCCAUUCUACGAGUGCAAAGACUGUGGGCAGGCCUUUAUCCACGACACGGUCCUAACCAAGCACACGGUGUUUCACCCUGAGGAAGAGGAGGAGGAAGAGGAGGAGGAGGAAGAGGAGGAAGAAGAAGCUGCUGCUGCCCAGGAAGUUGAAGCCAAUGUCCUCGUUCCACAAGAAAUCCUGCGAAUUCAGGGGUCAAACAUAGAAGCUGCUGAGCCAGAGGUGGAGGCUGCCGAGCCCGAGGUGGAGGCUGCCGAGCCCGAGGUAGAGGCUGCCGAGCCAAAUGGAGAGGCCGAAGGGCCAGGAGGAGAGGCCGCAGAGCCCCACGGAGAAGCCGAGCAGCCAAUUGUGGAUGCAGAUGAGCCAGAUGGUGUAGGGAUUGAAGACCCGGAGGAGGGAGCCCAAGGGCCAGAAGGAGAUGCCGACGGGCCUGAGGGCCUAGGAGUGGGAGAUCCGGAAGAGGAGGGUGAAGACGAGGAGAUUGAGGUGGAAGAGCCCUAUGAUGGCUACAAGGAGUGCACAGAGACCUUCCCGUGCAGCGCAGCCUUGGGUGGGCCCCUGAAGGCCCAGGCCAGCAUGGUCAUGCUGGAGCCCGCGGGCGCCCCCGGGGAGUGCUCAGGCUACAUCCAGCGUGCCAGCACCAGCACUGGAGGCACCCAGCCAGCCGACGAGAAGCACUUCAGAUGUGAUGUCUGUGGGCAGCUCUUCAGUGACCGCCUGUCCCUUGCCAGGCACCAGAACAGCCACACUGGCUAA